AAUCACAAAUUUGAUUCUGAAAUUUGAUGUUUUUUUUUGUUUUUUUUACCAAUGUUAUAUCUCUGAUCAUAAGCACAUCAUGUUAAAAAAAAAUAAGAAUGUUCAAAAAUGUCAAUGCUUUCACAAAGGAUAUAUUUUUAAUUUGGAUUUUAAAUAGUGAGGUUAAUUGAGUUUGUACGUCAGAUUUUGUAUUUGUGUUUACCACUAGAGGGAGUUGGCGAACCACUGGAGAUUGUUGCACAACAAUUUAAUAGCCCUCAACAAGAUAUUUAAGACACAUAACCACACAGUUCUAAUGUUGAGCAUCUUUGGGAAAUUAUCAGUGCAGUAGUUGAGGCCUGCUACAUUAUUUUGUGUUUUUGGAGAAUCUCCACUUAGUGGUCAGGUAGAUGAACAGUCAAGAAGUAAUGAUAGGGGAGAAAACAACUGAAUAGAUCACAGGGUAAAUAUAUAGGCUAUGCAUCAGAGGCAGUACCCAAAAAUUGUACCCAAGAGUUGCAUUGCUUUAACAUAUUUUUAUUCAAGUAAAAGUAAAAAAUAGUUGAAGAAAUUACUUGAGUAAAAGGGUACAGUACCAACUGCAUAAUCUGAAUAAAUAUUUGAAAUAAUGUAAUCAGACAGAAUUUGAAAGUUAUGUUCCAAUUCUAGCAUUUUAAACAGUAAAAUGAAAAAAAACAUACACAAAUAUAAUUAUAAAAUAAAUUCAGGCAGAAGAAACAUUACAAAAUAAUUUUUUAUAUAAAAUGUAUAAAACUAAUAUUCACAGUAGGUUUUAUAUAGCCUAUUUGUGUGUGUGUAUUUUAGCCCUUGGUAAAGUUUUUCCACUGACAAUGUUUACUAUUUACCUUUAUUUGCCCCCCAAGUGAACAGGCCCAGAAGAUAAACAUUGGAACAAAGCUGGCAAAUAAACAAGAAAUCUCACUUUAAUAUAUGUUUCAUCCAUUUUGGCUGUUCUUUAUGCAUACAAUUGAAUCUUCAUAAUUUUAAAUUGAGAAGUUGUUUAUUCCAGUAAUUUCAUCCUAAAAGUUAAACUCCUAUAUUGAUUCACAGCAAGUGUUUAUUUCUGAUCAUUUUGAUUAUUAUUUUUUCUUCAUUUUGGCUGAAUAUGAAGAAUAAAGUCAAUAUAAGUUGGUCCAACUUUUUCCCAUCCAGAUGAGAAAUGCCUAGGUAACAAACAACUAAUUUGUAAUAUCAAAUUCUGGUUAACUUUAUGACGAUUAUAUGCUCAUGGCAUCAGUCUUGAAGAAACAGAGUCAUAGAAAGCAAAUUGCAAAAAAAUUGUAGCACAACAUGCUCCUGUUAUCCCCCUGAAAUAAGAGAGAAAUAAGGCUCCUGUUUUUUGCAUUAAAGGGGCGUGGCUUCGUAACAAUCAAGGCUUUGACUCUGCACAGGUGAACUCCUCACAGGGCACAGCUCGAGUUUACAGGAACAGUCGUGCAAGUCAGUCUGAGGCAAGGAGGUUUUUUUGUUUGUUUUUUUUCCCAUGUUGGAUUUUACAGAAACGUAAUUAAGUUUUCUCUACUUUGUUGAUGAGCUCCUAGAUUCUUCUGUUUACCUGAGAUGAUGUGGUUGGAAGGGAUUCAGAAAUUGAGGCCAGUGCUUAUGUCUGUUUUGUUUAUCCUAACAUCUCAAGGUGCUAACUGCCGACUGGUGGUGUCUCCUGUUGGUUCCACCCUGGUGAAUGCUUUAGCUGGUACCAACGUGACUCUGGCUGUGUCCUAUAGUGGUGCCUCUGAUCCAGUGGUUACCUGGUUUAAGGGAACUCUGCCUGUGGGGACGUGGACUAUAAACACCAACUUUCCUCCAGACAUAGCCAAUGACAGCCGGAGUGUGCUCGAAAUUGAAAAGGAUGGAUCUCUUACCUUUAAAGAUGUGCCACAGCACUUUACUGGAAGUUAUACUGUUGAACUAACAAAGUCUGGGCACGGAACAGUUUCAGUGACAUUCAAUCUAAAUAUUUAUGAAAUUAUCCAGAAUGUGACUCUGAUCACAGCACCUCAAUUUGCCCAAGAGGGAGCUGAGCGGUUCACAUUACAAUAUAACAUGCUUCAAGGUGUUGUUGAACAAGAAAUAUGGCGCUUCAAUGGAAGAGACCUGCAAAACAGCACACACUAUUUGAUGGAGGGAACCAGCCUUGUAAUUUUUGGACCUAACCGGACAGACAAGGGAUCAUAUUCUGUGACAUUGAGGAACCCCUUCAGCAGCAUGACCAUGCAUAAGAAUGUGACUGUUCUUUACGGGCCGGAUGAGCCCAUUGUGGAGGCACUGCCAAUUCAACCUUUCUACAAAGCAGGGGACUCUCUGAUUUUGUCCUGCCGAGCUGAAGGAUUCCCACUGUCAAUUCCUCAGUGGAUCUUUGGGGGUAAAAUUCUUUCAGAUUUUCACCAAGGAGUCCUAAAUCUGACAAAUGUGCAGACCAGUCAAGGAGGCUCUUACACGUGCUCUGUGCUCAAUGAGAUGACUAAGGAGAAGCGUGAGAAGAAUGUGACUUUAAAGGUCUACGACAGGCCGCUGGGUAGUCCAAUAUGCUCUGUGGUGUCUGUGAACAAUUCUGACCUGCAGUAUCAGUGCAAGUGGGCAGGAGGAACGCCAGAGGCCCAGUUGUCUUUCCCAGCACUAAGUAAUAUAAGCAGUGGAGCUGGAACCUUCAGCCUCACUGUUACUUCCUCCGCUAACCUCCGUGACAUAACUAUCACUUGCUUAGCAGAGCAUCCAAUUGAACAAAACACCUGCAACAUUACCGCAAAAAGUCCCAGAAAUUUUCUUCCAACUGUGAAAACCUCUGUUGAUUCAGAUGGAAAAAUUGCAGUAACCAUCCGCUGUGUCAGUGAGGCAUCCCCUCAGGCUGUGGUUUCAUGGUCGCAGGGAAAUGAGUCUGUCAUCACUGGGUCAACGUACCAGAUCAGCAGUGACACUACACAGCUGAAGAUUCGCAGUCACAAUAUCAGCACUUUCCUGCUUGCGCCAAACUAUACCUGUACAUGUCGCAAUCCACUGGGCAAUCAGAGAAAGCUGCUUCAGCUGCAAGGACCGACUAUCUCAGAUUCCAGUUUGUUCCCUAAUCAAGAUGGAACCAUCAUCACAUUAACCUGGGAAGUCCCACCUACAUCUGUGGUUACAGGUUUUGACAUCCAAAUGAAAGGACCUGAUCUUCUGAGCCAUGGUGGUGAUUAUUCUGUUCCCAAGAGAAGUUCAAAAGAAUACCGCAUCAUUCAGCAGAAACCUGGGUAUGCUAGGAGUACGGAUGUCUUUUUGCUUGAUCCUGACAUGACAUACAGGUUUCGAAUCAUUCCCAAAGCUCGGCUAACAGAUGGAGAGCCAUCUGAGGUUCACAGAAUUGGCCCAGGUGAUGGUUUGAGUGGGUCUGCCAUUGCUGGCAUUGCAGCUGGAAUCCCAUGCAGCAUUCUCACCCUGACCCUAUUAAUUGGCCUUAUUUUCCUAAUUUUCUACCACCACAAGAAAAAAAGCAACAAGACAAGAUAUCCAGUCUCCAGAGCAGUGAAAACCACCCAGCCUAAGGCAGCUUCACACAACAUUUUGAAUGGAGGGCUUAGGCCUCCUCCUGACUACAACAGUUUGCACCAGACUCCGUCUGAAAGAUCUGUGACGCUACCCAUGUUUGUCCCACCUGCCCCAGUCAGAGUUGCAACAACAGUUUAAAUGAGUAAAUCGAUGUGUAUAUUUUUGCAAAACUAACUUUUAUUUAUAUAUAUACACAGUAUAUUACUGAAAAGUUUUAUAUAUUUAAUUUUAACUGUAAUAACUAUUGAUAUAAUAAAAACAUUCCUUAGACUUC